AAACACUAAGCAGCCAUGGAUGCCAUCAAGAAGAAGAUGCAGAUGCUCAAGCUCGACAAGGAAAAUGCCAUGGAUAGAGCUGAGCAGGCCGAGUCAGACAAGAAGGCAGCUGAGGACAGGAGCAAACAGCUUGAGGAUGACCUGGUAGCACUGCAGAAGAAACUGAAGGCAACUGAGGAUGAGUUGGACAAGUACUCUGAAGCCCUGAAGGAUGCCCAGGAGAAACUGGAGCUCGCUGAGAAGAAGGCCACAGAUGCUGAGGGUGAUGUAGCUUCCCUGAACAGACGUAUUCAGCUGGUUGAGGAGGAGUUGGACCGUGCUCAGGAGCGUCUGGCCACAGCUCUGACCAAGCUGGAGGAGGCUGAGAAGGCUGCUGAUGAGAGUGAGAGAGGCAUGAAGGUCAUUGAGAACAGGGCGAUGAAGGACGAGGAGAAGAUGGAGCUGCAGGAGAUCCAGCUGAAGGAGGCCAAACACAUUGCAGAGGAGGCUGACCGCAAAUACGAGGAGGUGGCCCGUAAGCUGGUGAUCAUUGAGAGUGACUUGGAACGUACAGAGGAGCGUGCUGAGCUCUCUGAGAGCAAAUGCUCUGAGCUUGAGGAGGAGCUGAAAACUGUGCAGAACAACCUGAAGUCUUUGGAGGCUCAGGCAGAGAAGUACUCGCAGAAGGAGGACAAGUACGAGGAGGAGAUCAAGGUUCUUACAGACAAGCUGAAGGAGGCUGAGACCCGUGCUGAGUUUGCUGAGAGAUCAGUCGCCAAGCUUGAGAAGACCAUUGAUGACCUGGAGGACCAUCUAUACAAGCAACUUGAGAAAAACCGUCUUCUGACCAAUGAACUGAGAGUAGCUUUAAACGAGGCUUAAACAGGAACGGCCACUUUUUUGCUUUCAUUCUUAUGAAACUCAAAUGUCCAGGCAUAUUGUCUAAUGCUGUGAUUAUUAAAAGAGUAUAGACAACAGUGUCCAUGACACAAAAGGCAAACCAAGUAAUGCUUUGAACAGGUGGGAUACAAAUGUAUGAUUUUCACAUUAUGCAUGCUCAAACUAUACUUUCAGGUGGAAGGUCAGACAACCUCAGAUUAUGACAUGAAUGGAUUUGAUGUAUUAGCCUCAGUUAUUGACAGGGCUGUAGCACAUGAGUCCAGUUGAAACCUGCGUGGUGCUUUUGCCCAUCGGUUGAAGGCUGGUGAUGAUGCCAGUGACCAACAUCUGGGAAGGCUCACAAAAUGCUGCAAGGGGAUCAGAAUUCUUUCCACAUCUCAGAAUCAUCUUCUGUAUUGAUAAACCUGAACUAAGGAUAUGUUUUCAACCAAAAGAAUUAGUAUAAACUGAAAAUCACAAGAUGAAGUGUAUUGAGCUGUGCUGAGAACUGAGCUGCCCAUUAUCUUGGUUUUAAAGUAGUUUUCUCUUGUUCCAGUGGGAACUAAUUUGCUUUUUUUGCUGGAGGGUUUACUUAGCUUUUUUUAUUAUUAUUAUUUAUUUCUGUCUGUAGCAUUUCAGUCAGGACAUACCAGAGUUUUGACAAUUUUUUCUUUGCAUUAACAAUACAUUUGCUUUCAGGUAUGUGGUUCUGAGCCUUGGAAUUUGAGCAAAUCUGAGUAAACUUGACAGACAGUCCCUGAUCUCAUAGUUUGAAUGAACUUUGGAUGGUGACAGGGAGAUAAAUUUUGACAUAUAAAGGGGGGGUUUUCCAUGGAGGUUUGGGGUUAAAUUGGUGCUCAAUUUUAUCUUCGUUGAUCUGAAACAGUUGGGAGAACGUGCUUGGACUUGAUACUGUAGGCCAUGAGCAACAUUUAAAAUCCAUUGUCAAACCAGCGACUUGGCAAGGAGCCAUUCCUUUGUCCUAAACCCAGCUCAUAUAGUCUGGACUACAGCCCUGUCUAUAGCUUGAGUAUAAUAUUUACAGUGAAUUGGCUCUCGGUAUUGUAGUUGAGGAUAUGUAAUUUAUGAACACUAACCUCUGUUACUGAAUAAGAUAUACUGAGAGGUGAUAUUUGUCACAUGUGUAAGGUUUGUAACAAUGUCCACCACCUGUCUAACACUCUUAUCCUGGGCUAAAGCUUUGUCCAUGAAUAUUCUGUGCAUCUUAUCGCUGUUCAUUUUGUUCUUAAUUUUAACCGAUGCAAUGCUA